AGAGUUUGGGGAAACCUCGUGUGAAGAUCCCAUUGUGGGUGUAACAGCUGGCAAGAUGAUCUGAGUCUGCAGCACAUCUGCUCCUGUGAAGAUCUCCAGGCUGCGACAGGAAAGCUGUGUGAGAGGAAGCUGGAGCAGCACGGUUUCACAAUGAGCAUGCCGCUCCCCACCGCAGGAAGAGCCAGCCCUGCUUGCUGGAGCCAGCCCAGCACGAUAGCUUACAGCAGAGCUUGGCACCACGGGCUGCUGAGGCAAGCUGGCUCCUAUGAAGACGACUAUGACUGGACCCACUGUGAAGCCAGUGCUUUGAGCAAAGUCCCUGUCACAGUGCUCAUCUGCCUCUGUGGGCUGGUGGGCAAUGGGGCCAUCCUCUGGCUACUCAGAACCCGCGUCCACAGGAACUCCAUCACCAUCUACAUCUUCAACCUGGCCGUGGCCGACUUCACCUUCCUGUUCUCCAUCGUCAUUGCCCUCAUAAUAUUUUAUGGCCCACAGAGCUUUUGUCACAGUCUGGGCUCACAGGACGUGAUGACAGUGUUGAACAUGGCCAUCACAUUUGCUUUCAUCUCUGGUGUCUACCUCACGGCAGCCCUGGGUGCCAGGACCUGCCUGUCUGCCCUCCCACAGCCCCUCUGCCCUUGCCAGAGCUCCUGGUGCUUGCCAGCACUCCUGUGUGCCCUGCUCUGGGCCCUUGCCCUCUUGCUCACCGUGACCCUCUAUUUCUCCCCACUGAUGCUAAUUGCCUUUGUCUUCAGCUACCUCUUGUCAGUGCUUAUCCUAAUUCUUUCUGGUUUAGCCCUCUUUGCUAAGCUCUUCUGCUGCUCAUGUCAAUGUCCGCCGAGGAAGCUCUGCAUUGCAGUCUUGCUUGCUGUCAUCUCCUUCCCCUUCUUCACUGCUGAUUUCGCUUACUGGCUGUUGCUAAGGCUGUUUGAUUUUUCGGCUCUUGCUUUUGGCACCUCUCUCCUAUUCGCAUGUAUGAACAGCAGUAUUAAACCUGUCCUUUACUUUCUUGCUGGGUGCUGUAUGAAGAAGUUCACAGUCUCCAUGAGGGCUGCUUGCCAGAGAGCUUUUGAAGAGGUAAUGGAGCCAGAAAACGUAGGUGAAGCUUCCCAAGAAAGCACAGUGGAAAUGGAUGUUUAACCCAUUUGAA